UAGCGCUCGCGGGCCUGACUGGCCUGAUAGACGACGCUUCCCGCACUUCAGGGCGUCGCGCGCGCCUCACAACGCUGACCUGGAAGGUGAGGCGCUGAAGAACUUUGCCCCGGGUUUCCCGGUCUGAGGAGAGGAAAGGGCCCCAGAGAACCAUGAAACUGCCCAACCCGGCGGGGCCGAAUAUUCCAUCAGGAGUUCAAGGCGGGCGAGGGCCGGGCCUCCGACGGAGAACGGCGGCUCCUGGGACUCCCGAGACCCGAGGCCGGGAGCGGCCCGUCCGAGGGGGCGGCCCGGCCGCGGAGGGGGACCCAGGCCCCGGCCACUCCGGCCCGGUCCCCGCGCCGGCCUCCUCCCGGUUAUUUGCACUGUCCCUUCCGCGAGUAAGUGACACCCACGGCCCCGUGACAGUGACCGGGAGGCGUGCGCGCGCUGGACCCGGGCUGGGCCGGGGCUGCGGACCCGAGAGGCCGCCGGGGCUCGAGGCGGCGAGGCUUCCAGGUGUGACUGAGGAUUAAAUUUCACUGAGGAUUAAGAUGUCACAUUAAAAUGUGCAAAUGGCAUUUCCCUGGUGGCGCAGUGGUUAAGAAUCCGCCUGCCAAGGCGGGGGAUGCGGAUUCGAGCUCUGGUCCGGGAAGAUCCCACAUGCCGUGGAGUAACUAAGCCCGUGAGCUGCAACUACUGAGCCUGUGAGCCACAGCUACUGAAGCCCAUGCACCUGGAGCCCGUGCUCCACAACAAGAGAAGCCACCGCAACGAGAAGCCCGCGCACCGCAACAAAGAGUAGCCCUUGCUCGCCACAACUAGAGAAAGCCCCCAUGCAGCAACAAAGACCCAACACAGCCAAAAAUAAAUAAAUAAAAUAAAAUUUUUUAAAAUGUGCAAAUGGAUAAAAAAAAUUUCAAAAUUCUUUUGAAGUACAGCUAAGAAAAGAUGUUGGCUAUAAGCCACAGUGCAGAGCGGCAGCAGUAGGAUGUAAAGGCACUUUUGUUUCAACAUGAAGAUGACAUAAAGGGGGAGAAGAGGUGAAGGACUUGUGACUUUAUUAUAUCCUUCCCACCCCCAUUCUAGGAUAUCCUAGGGGCCAAAGUCCCAGUGGAGAGUAAGUAGGGAAAUGUGAGAAACAAGCUAAUAAGUUUGGAAGAAU